AUGAUUGGCCUUUUGUGUCUUAUGUUCUCAAUUUUUUUAACGUCAAAAAUGUCACCGGCUAUAGAAUCAAAAGAACCAACAUCAGAAUCAUCCACGUGGAGCAAAGCUCUUUAUGAUCGCGAAACUUGUGGCCUUCCGGGACCGAACUAUGUGAAGAAUGAGAAUGAUAAAUUACAUGGUUUUCCAUUUUCGGCAUCAUAUAUUGCAUGA